CUCCAUUGACGAAAUGUGCGCAAUGAGGUUAUUUGCAUUUUUACUUUACCAAAUAUUUGUCAUACGAUUUAGGAGCGACUUCGGCUUGUACAAGUUUGCCGUGUAAACACAAUUCGUGGUGCACGGCACCAGACGAGCAGCAGUAUGUAUGCACAUGCCGAGUAGAAGAAAUGUAUGGAGGCGAUACGUGUGAAACAUAUGUUGCAGAACCUACCCCGACUAUCACGAUGCAAAACUGGCAACCAUGGUCAUCGGAUUGCACGGCACAGUGCGACGGCGGCAGACACGUUCGUGUAAGGUCAUGUGUUCCCGAGUCGCUACAUUGCAACGACAUAGAGUACAAGGAAUGCAACACACAGCCGUGUCCAGUUUGGAGUCGCUGGUCUGAAACAACAUAUUCACUAUCCACAAUGACUGGUACCAGACAACGAGUAUGUUUAUAUAACGGUCUGGCAGGUAUCAGCCCUGGAUGCGAAGGCCAGAAUACUGAAACUGUAGACUAUCGGCAAAUUCCCAUAAGACUCGGUGGAUCCACUGAUAUCGGGAAAGGCCGCGUUGAAAUCUUUAACUACGAAAUCGGGAAUUGGGGAACAAUUAGUGACAGUGGUACGUGGAAACUGGCUGCAGCUGAGGUUGUAUGCAGACAGCUAGGAUUUGCCUCUGCAUUUUCGGAUGUGGCGUCACACGAUGCGACUCCGGAUUUAACACCUGUAGUAAGCGGUGUAACAUGUACUGGGAGUGAGUCAGCACUUGCUUUCUGUAGUUAUGACUCGUGGGGAAGCAUAGAUUCCUCAUUUUAUGGACAGGAUGUUGGAGUAACAUGCACUGUUGAUGCAGAGUUGGGAAAGUGGGACGGAUGGAGUUCUUGCUCAGUUACAAGUAGGUGGGGCAGUCGUACUAGGUCGCGUGAAUGCCCUGACGUCGUUGCCGCAAAUGGUGGCACAGUUUGCAAGGAAGACAUGCAGAAUGAAAAAUGUUUUGUUCUCAGUGGAGAAAUAGUUAUUACACUGUGUGACGUCCCAAUAGUAGACAAUGGAUACUUUGUCGGUUUACGUAGUGACCAGGCCAACGGCUCAAUAUCUUGUAAUGAAGGUUACAGUCCAAAACAACCGAAUAGUAUGAAAUGCGUAAAUGGAGAUUGGGACACUGCGCCCACUUCGUGUAACCCUAUUCCAGAGUGUGACUUCCCAAUAGUAGAUAACGGAUACUUCAUCGGGGAACGUAGCCACCUGGCAAGAGGGUGGAUAUCUUGUAAUGAGGGUUAUAUUCCAACAGAGCCUAAUAAUAUGACUUGCAUAAACAGUGAAUGGGACACUGCACAUGCUUUUUGCAACGAUAUUACACUGUGUGAACUUCCAGUAGUAGACAACGGAUACUUCAUCGGGGGUCGUAGUCACCUGGCAACAGGCUCGAUAUCUUGCAAUGACGGGUACAUUGCAACAGAACCGAAUAACAUGACAUGCAUAAACAAUAUUUGGGACACUACACCAGCUUCGUGUAAUGACAUUGACGAAUGCGCAGGACCUAAUGACUGUGUUGUCACAUGUGCCAACACAAUGGGUUCGUAUGAAUGUGAAUGCCCAGUUGAUUGGCAUAAGUCAAGUGUUGUCGAUUCAUGUUACACGUUUCUCAAAUUCAAAUGGAAUUAUACGUGGAAGAAUGCUCGAACUGCUUGCAGAACAAUCGGGAAUGGUACAGAUCUGGUGGUUCUUGGAACAUUGGAGGAAAGACAGGAUGUAUUAGCAAAUGUCAUUGUCGGCGACUGUUGGGUUGGUGCGACUGAUAAUGUA